UGUGAAAGGAUGUUUACUUCUGCUUCUGCUUUCACCCUGCCCUUUCCUUCCUUGGUACAAGAUUAGCAUCUGCAUAGGUGACUGGUGCUCAUUUAUGAACCAAAUCUAGCCAAGUGGAAAUUGUUCAAAGGUACAUUUUUGUUUUCAUAUUUUAUUUCCUUUUGUGUUUGGGGACUUCCUGAGUUGCAGCAACUGUGGAAAUGAGUUGUUCUCUAGCGUUCCCCCACAGGGAUCCUAUACCCUAUACCUACUGUUUCUAGGACUCUCUCAGGUUGAUUCAAUGGGGAGAGACAUUCUAUAUAAAUGCUUCCUUGAUUCCUUCAGCACUGACUGAAUGGAAGCUCUCUUUCUCCAAACUGGGACAAAGGAAGCUUACUUUGUUGGACAGGGCUCUGGACUAAAGAGAGAGCACACCUGUUUCCUCUCAAGAGAAUUACUUUAUUGGAAAGCUAAACAUAAGUUUAACUGGCAUUCAGAUUCAGGCAAUGGAAAUGCAAAACAUGCUCAAACCUGGGAGGAUGGGUGUAGGUUGAACCAUGAGAACUCUGAGCUCUUGUUCAGUUUUUCCAGCGGUUCAGGUCCAUGAUUUCCCACUUCCCCCAGGUUUACAGUCAUCUAUAUAUACUCACUAAUGACACACAUCUGUCUACAAUCUGAUUGGGUAUAUGUUAUCGAAAGGGGUUGAUUAUAAAGAACCCCCUUCUCAGGACUGAAAAAUUUAUGAGAAAUACAUAACAACUGUUUAAGUAGGAUGGUUUCAGAGGUUAUCAGUUAGGUUUCUGCUCUUAACAAUGACUGCUAUUCCUUAUGAUAAUGGGUUUUAGUUACUUUGUUAGUGUGACUAUAGUCAAACACCUAAAUCAGUGCUCUGCUUUCCUGUAUAUAUCAGCAAAAACAUGGAAUCUGGCCUUGAAAGCCUGUCUCUAUAAGGUUAUCCAAAGUUUACUCCAACAUUUAGAUAACUGAGGAUGUACACAAGAUGGAGGCACUUAUGCCAAGGCCUCUAAUGCAGUGGUUUUCAACCUUUUUUAAUUUGUGGACCUCUAGAAAAUGUCAAAUGGAGGUGGGGACCUCUUUGAAUUAUAAGUGUAGAUAUUCACAUACUUUUGUCUGAUCUUAAUCAUCUUUACAUGGACCACAGGUUGAAAACUACUGCUCUAAUGUAUUCCUUACACUGACAAUAUGUCCCCUGGGCUGCAUCCUGUCAUGUAUUGGGCUAAGUGUAAUGUAUUCCCCAAAAGCUGUUUUUAAUGUGGCUGUUCCAAAUCACUGGACCCCCACAGCAUUACACUCCACAGAAGCGCAUGCACUGAAGCACCAAAAAAGCUCUUGCUAGGGACUGAGCUCCCUCAACUGUUUUUUCGUGACCCAAAACGUUUUUGGCAGCUACCAGGAUUGGCCCUAAAACUCAUAUAGUAGCUGCUACAUUCAAAAAGGUCCAACAAAAUGAGGGGUGUGUUUUGGCUCCUGGGUAGAAAUCAGUUGAGCUCCUUAUAUCUGGGCCAAUACUGCUGAACUUUAUUCAAUAUCAUUGGGACAGUUCUAGCAACAAUCUGGCUCAACAUUAUUCAGGUUUUUAAUAUUUUUUACUUCCCCUACGUAAUCACAAUUCUGAGUUCCAUAUACAUCACUCUCAUCUCUUUCCUCCCAUGACUCAUCAUCUCUGAGCUGAAGGCUAUUCAUUGUGCCUGGUUUAGAGAGGAACUUCUAUGAAGCCACUUCCCCUUACAAACACCUGAAGAAGGAGCCAACCAUGUGUGACGGAGAUGAGCAGACCAAUGAAGACACUCGUGACUUUUUUGAGAAAUGUUGUCAUAAGCCAAAGAUUUAAAGGGGAGAAGCUCAGAGCAGGAACCUGUCACGGCAAGCAAGAGUUCAGAGGAGAGCUGCUGAGAACCUGAAUUCCAAACAAUGGACUCCAACCGCACUCUCUUUCCUACCACUGAACGCCCUCAGGCAUGGUCAAAUGACUCCAGUUGUGAGAUCAAGGAUGGAAUCCUUUCAGUGAUUCUCCCUGUGAUGUACUCCCUUAUCUUCAUCAUCAGCUUGCUCAGCAACAUACUGGCCCUCUGGGUGUUCUUGUAUGGUACACAGAGGAAGACCUCAAUCAUGGUGUACAUGAGGAACCUUGCAAUGUCUGACCUUCUGCUUUCCCUCUGCCUGCCUUUCCGGAUAGUCUAUCAAAACCAGAGUGGCCCUGUGAUCCUUUGCAACCUAGUUGGAGCUUUCUUCUACCUCAAUAUGUACGUCAGCAUCAUGUUCCUCAGCCUCAUCAGCCUUGACCGCUACUUGAAGAUCAUUUGGCCCCUCCAGCAGUUCAGAAUCCACACUGCGCCUUGCAGUACCACUGUCUCCAGGUUGGUUUGGCUGGCCUAUGGCAUCUUCAUGAUCCCUUUCUUUUUUGAGACUAGAAAUAAAAGUCCCUGUGAUCAGAAGUGCUUCCAUUUCAGGAGCAAAAGUACAGUGGGGGCAGUCCUCAACAUGAUAGCAGUGGCUACUUUCUUCAUUCUUCUACUGCUCUUCCUUUACUCCUAUGGCAAAAUAUCAGUCAAGCUCCAUGGUGUCUCAGGGAAGAGUCAGCAGCAGUGCAAGAAGACCAGUGUGAGAGCCAUUGCAAAGACCUUCGUGGUCCUGGUCAUCUUCAGCGUGUGCUUCACUCCCUACCAUUUGGUCCGUGUCCCAUACAUCCUUGCCCAAGUGGAAGUCAUCUCCAGCACGCAGUGGAAGCAGACUCUCCACCUUGCCAAUGAACUUGUCCUCUGCAUCUCAGCUUUCAACAGCUGCCUUGACCCAGUGCUUUUCUUUUUCUUUUCCAGCAGCUUUAGGACAGCUGUGCUGCGUACUGUUCAAGGCAAGCUGAAGAGAGUUAUCCUGAGGAACCAAGGGGGUUUGAGUUACAGUAGAUCUGUCACAGAGAUCUAGGUCCCUUAGAGGGUCCUUGAGACUGGCUAAGACUCGAAGAGACAGUGAUUACAGAAGUCUCUGGUUUGCUCAGAGGGCUAUCACUUAUCAGGUAAGACUCUCUGAAGACUUAACAGAAAAGCAGAGAAAGAAACUGCAAAUGUUUUCUAGUUUCCUAUUCCAGAAUCAUCUGACUCUUUGAAAGGGCAAAUGCAGAUGAAAGGAUACUGAGUCUCUUUGUGGAAAGGAGAGCAUGUUUUCAGUUCCCUUAAAAAUGGGUUCAUCUCAUGAAGCUCAAGAGCACAAGGAAUAAAUGUAUCACAGAAAGAGUACCUUGGCAUGGAACUUGCCUCUCAGUCCAGGUCAAGGUCCAGGACUAUGAUGACCCAAGAAGAAAAAAAGGAGUGAUUUCCAGGACACAAGAAGGACAUGCCGCUGUGUGUUGGGGGAAGGCAGAACAGAGAGGUGUAGAGGUACUUAAAUCCUGUGGAGAUACCACAUACAACCCACUCUUUAUACUGCUCCUGGAGAUACCAGCAAAAGUUUGCAUGCAUGAGUUACCUUUUGGUUGGGUUGUGAAGGCCUGUGGCUGACUUAAGUGUCAUUUGGGUAGUGAAUGAAUAAUUCAAAAUGUGAGGAGGCAUGUUUGGGUUGUGUGCAUGGGAAAAGUUGUAUGCAUGGGGGUUGGGAAAACUUGUAAGCCAGGAAAUAGUACAAACACCAUAAUCUGGAAUAAACCAUAUAGAAUCUUU